GACUCGGAGGCAGACAUCCACACAGCUUGCAGGCUCUGUGUGCGGGGAUCUGAAGUUGGAGGCCUGCAGUGUGAUUGGGAGAAACCACUGGUACAGUAGCCAUGUCACUAGGCUCUUUGGCCUUCACCCUCUUCUUGACUGUUGUUGCUGGCAUCAAGUGCAAUGGGACAGAAGUUUGUGCCGGAAGCCCUGGGAUCCCUGGCACUCCCGGAAACCAUGGUUUGCCCGGCAGAGAUGGGAGAGAUGGUAUCAAAGGAGACCCUGGACCUCCAGGUCCCAUGGGCCCUCCUGGAGGAAUGCCAGGUCUUCCUGGGCGCGAUGGGCUGCCUGGAGCCCCUGGUGCACCUGGAGAACAUGGAGACAAGGGAGAGCCUGGAGAAAGGGGGCUUCCAGGGUUUCCAGCUUACCUGGAUGAGGAGCUUCAGACUGCACUCUACGAGAUCAAACAUCAGAUUCUGCAAACAAUGGGAGUCCUCAGCUUGCAAGGAUCCAUGCUGUCAGUGGGGGAUAAAGUCUUUUCCACCAAUGGGCAGUCAGUCAACUUUGAUACCAUUAGAGAGAUGUGUACCAGAGCCGGUGGCCACAUUGCUGCCCCGAGGAAUCCUGAGGAGAACGAGGCCAUCGCAAGCAUUACAAAGAAGUACAACACCUAUCCCUACUUAGGUGUGAUUGAAGGCCAGACUCCUGGAGACUUCCACUACCUGGAUGGGGCUUCUGUGAACUACACCAACUGGUACCCAGGAGAGCCCAGGGGUCGGGGCAAAGAGAAAUGUGUAGAAAUGUAUACAGAUGGGAAAUGGAAUGAUAAGGGCUGCCUGCAGUACCGGCUGGCCAUUUGUGAAUUUUGAUCAAGCAAUUAGAUGAAAAGAUAAAACUUCACACUGUCUUUAAGCCUCUAUCUUGAUGAUCCAUCUGGUCUGUAAGACCCUGUAACUACCUUUCAAGCAAAUUUACUUGUGGCCAUCAGAAUUAUAAGCAUCCUUAGUUACGCCAUCUCCCACAUGGCUUCUAAACUCUUCUCCAUAUUCAUUAGUAAUCCUGAGUGUCCCCCUAGAGUCCCAUCUGAGCAUUCAACUCAAGGCAGCCACUGUCAACCUUGAUUUUCAUCAGGAGAUCGAUGGAGACUUCCUUUUUCCUCACUUUGUCCAGUCUUCACUUAUAAAUUGUGGCCAUGGAAGAACCCUCUAAAUUACAUAGAAAGUGCCUGCUCCUGGACCCUUCAACCCUUCUUCUGCAGCUCAUGGUCCCAAGAUUUAAAAGUCCAGGUUAAAUAUAAAAGAUAGCCAUAGGGAAUUUCUGGGAAAUACCUAGUAUAUGGAUGUAGGCCACAUUGAGUGUCCUCUGUAUACCUGCUUUCAAGGCAAACACGGUGUCUAAGAAGCCAGAGAACCAGGUAGGGCCACAGCACAGUACUGGGGAAACAUAACCUCCCUGGUUGGCAUAUAUGGCCUCUUCCUUGGAUCUGGAUCUUGACCUAAUAGCAGCCACCCUGAGUUUAGAGAGAAUCACCUUUCCAGCCCAGACCCUAACUCAAGUAAUUUCCUGCUAACAAACAUAACCUUCGUCCACUUUACAUCACUGAGGCAUACCAACUGCUCUCUUUUCGCCUCUCAUGAACUCAAUCAACUAUUCCAUUAAAGUCAGCUUCAUCCCAGAUGUUAGUCUGUCUUCCGGUAAGCUUUGAGCUAACUUUUCUUUGAGCUUAUUUCUUUACUAUGGUAUGCAAAUAAAGUAAUUAUUACAUUUUUUCUACCUACCCAAAGCAUUACCUAUAACAAUUCCUACAACAAAGACUGAUCACAUGCUGCCUACCAAGUACUUUGACAAGCACAGAUAACAUUUGUUGUUAGGUGUCAUUUAAUCUUUAAAUGGGCCACAGAACCAGAUUAGGGGCGUGGGAGCUAAAAAGGUAUUAAGAAGAACAUGACAUUUGUGCUGAUAGCUGGGGUCAAGGUAACUCCAGACCUGUGCCCAUAUGGUCCAUGUUGAGGAGUGAUAUUAUCUUUUUCAUCCUUCCUCAACUACUGGGAUGCUAUUUACUGUGCCAUGACUGGAGGUGGGAUUCAAGGUGAGGUUUCUAUGAAUCAUCCUACUCUCAAAUGCAUGGAAUGGAUUAUGGGAUUCACCCUAGUCUCAACUAUGUGGAAUGCGACCAUGACCCACACUCCAGGUAUCCAUAGGGGUGUAACUAUAUGCCUUGAGGGGGCAGCCAACUAUACAUCUUAUCUCUAGAAGUCUCCUGUGCUCUGCCCACCUGACACUCUUCCCACAUUUCCAUCUUUUCUUGGGCAUAAGGAAGCCCAGGAACAGCCAGAUGGAAAAUUGCUACUUACACUUGCAAGAAUGUUAACUGCCAAGCUGACCUUUCUAUCUGUGUGAUGAGGACUCAAUGUAUAAGCUGUUGAGGGUUUGCUGAGAUCAAAUGAGCAAGAAAAAGGCACAUAUUCUCAGUUUUAUAGAUCAACAGCCUAAAGCUUUAAAAGUUCACAUUGCCCCAUUUCCUCUUGGGUCUAAUUUUUUAUGACAUUACUUUUAAUUGUAACUACAUUGCUUUUGAAAAUAUUUUUAUUGAGCUAUUGCUGGUUUGGGGGAAAGAAUGAUUUUUAAAAAUUGAUCUUAUACUCAACCAUCUUUUUGGAUUCAUAUUUUUCCUUUAAUACUUUCAAUGAUUCAUAUAUCAUUGCAUUUGUAAAUGAUGAUUUUUUUUCCUGCUCACAUAUAUUUAUACAUAUAUACAUAUGUGUCAUAGGAGAAUUUCUAAUACUUCACCAGUGG